AUGUCAGAUCCCAGCACCAGCACCACGCGACAUUACUCCCACGGCAGGGGCAGGUCCCGCUCACGGACAAGAUCACCACCAGGCUCAAGAUCGAGAUCGAGAUCGAGAUCAAGAUCAAGAUCUCCCUCCAGACACUCACGCUCCCCCGCAAGACGCCACGACGACAGACGCCGUUCCCAGACCCCACCCACCCGUCACCCCCGCAAUAGCCGCUCACCUAAGCCUCCUCCCAGGCAUCAUCGGUCCCGAUCCCGAUCCCCUAAUAGACCCGGGUCUCAGUCCCUUUCAGUUGAAAAAAAACCAACAUCGAGUAGCGGGCACAAGGGCCGAAGCCGAAGCAGGAGCAGGAGCAAGGAUCGGAGAAGCAAGGACACUCGCAGGAGCCGAAGCAGGAGCAGGAGCAGAGACCGUGGAAGUAAGGAUGACCGCAAGAGCAGGAACAGAAGCAGAAGCAAAAGUGGAAGCAAGAGCAGGAGUCGAUCUAGAAGCACAGAGCGAAAAAAUCGCUACCACAAAUCAUCUUCGAAACAUAGUCGCAGGAAGAAGGAUCGCAAGGACAGAAAGAAGGAUAAGAAGAAGAGCAAGAAGGAGAGGAAGAGCCACGCCUCUCAUGCAUACGGAACGUAUGGUGUCUUGACCCCCGCAGAUAUGUGGAACAAAGAAAACGAGUUCCAAGCCUGGCUCAUGGAAGUUAAGAACCUCAACCCGGAAACCAUCCCCCAGAACAAGAUGAAGGAACACUUCCUCGGCUUCAUGGAGGACUUCAACACUGUCACCAUGCCCCACGAGAAAUUCUACAACCUCACCCAAUGGGAAGACCGCCAACGCGCCAUCCGUAUGGGUGAACCCUUGCCGGAACAGAUCCAAGGCGCCGUCAACCUCAUGAACGACGAGGAGCAACUCCGGAUGAAACAACGUGACCGCAGAAAGAUGAAUCUCUCUAGUCAACCCCAGAUCUUGAUGACCCAGAAUCAGCUCCAGGAGCUCCGGAAGGUUGCUCAUGAGAGAGUUGAGGCCGAUAGGCUGAGGAAGAUGGGCUUUGAUGCCGGGCGGAAGGGUGUUCGGUACGAAUAGCAUCUCUUGGUCCAUGGAGGGAGGGUGUCACACAGGAUUAUCGUACGUAGCAACAUCGAGAAUACAUCGUUUAUUUAAUAACAAAACAAGUG